GUGCGCGGGCACACACUCUGUCCGCCUCGGGCGGACAGAGGCUUCUUAUUGGUGGGUUUUCCGGAAGCGAUGGAUUCGGAAUCCCGCCCGCAGCCACGCAAAACCGAGCGGCUGUGUGCGGUGCGUGGUGCGUGAGCCCCCAGCGCAGACCGGGAUGUUUGUCCUGGUGGAGAUGGUGGACACGGUGCGGAUACCCCCUUGGCAGUUUGAGAGGAAGCUCAACGACUCCAUUGCCGAGGAGCUGAACAAGAAGUUGGCCAACAAGGUCGUGUACAACGUGGGACUCUGUAUAUGUCUGUUUGAUAUCACCAGAUUGGAGGAUGCCUAUGUAUUCCCUGGGGAUGGGGCCUCACACACCAAAGUCCAUUUUCGCUACGUGGUGUUUCAUCCAUUCCUAGACGAGAUUCUGAUUGGGAAGAUCAAAGGCUGCAGCCCAGAAGGAGUGCAUGUCUCUCUAGGCUUCUUCGAUGACAUUCUCAUCCCCCCAGAGUCACUGCAGCAGCCAGCCAAGUUCGACGAAGCGGAGCAGGUGUGGGUGUGGGAGUAUGAGACGGAGGAAGGAGCGCAUGACCUCUACAUGGACACCGGCGAGGAGAUCCGCUUCCGGGUGGUGGACGAGAGCUUUGUUGACACGUCCCCCACGGGGCCCAGCUCAGCAGAUGCCACCACUUCCAGUGAGGAGCUGCCAAAGAAGGAAGCUCCAUACACGCUUGUGGGAUCCAUCAGUGAGCCAGGCCUGGGCCUUCUCUCCUGGUGGACCAGCAACUAGCCCUGGGGCUGGACAGUGGACCCUACCGGCCUGCAGGAAGGUGGUAUGGCAGUGUGUGAAGACAAGAGCAGCUAAGCUGAGCCUAGAACCAGGCCCAACUCAGCCACGGGCAGGGCAAGUGACCUUGGUCACUAGGGAUGGGAUGAAGAAGGCUGAUGCUAACAGCAGCAGAGGCUAAUGUGUCUUGAGCUGGACAGUGGGGCAGGGCCAGGAGUGCCCACCAGCUUGCCCCCCUCCUCCACCAUCUAGGCCCUGCUCCUCUCCCCAGAGCUUCUGAAGUCACUGCUUUCAGUGACAGCAAAGCCAUUUAAUAAACAAUGGCAGCAUCAGAAGGGAAGGGGCCACCCUUGUCUCAAUGGCCAGUGUUAUGAUCUAAGGUCACUGAGUUCCUGUCGCUGGGACAGCAUGGCCUCUCUUAUCACAGAGAUGGGCUCCCCCAACCCCCACCAGGUGGCAGCACGUGGGGGCUGUGAGCUCUGGGCUGCCCCAGGCUGGCCUCUGGGCUGGCUGAGCCUGGUGCAGCCAUAAAGUACAUAGGGAGUAAGGCUGGCUUGCCUGGGGUGGCUGCUUUGGGCGCUGGAAGCUGCCAGUUGGAAUUGACUGGGCAUGAAGGGGAGGCACCUUCCCACCAGCUUGUGGAAAAAGGUGGGGUAGCCCCUGAGCUCUAGGAGACCAGUAGGAGACCAGUUCCUGAUCAAAACAGUGGAGGCUCUGGGCUUUGCUGGUACCCCCUACCCAAUUCAUGACACAAGACAGCAGCAAACCUGGGACCACCUGUCCCUCAGAUCUCAGCUAUUGCCAUGAGCACCUUGCGGGACUGCUGAUGACACCCCAGCACUGGGCCCACAGCGUUUCUUCAGCAGCAUGGCUUCGCAGGGUUCCUCCUGCCCCUCUGCCGACACCAGGAUGCUUGCCUUACAGUAAGUAAGUUUUGUCCUGGUGAUGGGGCCUCCAUGGAAUCUGCCUCCUGCCCUGGCCUCUUUGGCUCUCACAGGACCCGAGUGUGGAGGUGCUGGCUGGUGGUGUCAGCUGAUGCCACUCCCUUUCCAGAUAGCCUCAUCUGCUAUUGUGCCCACCCUCAGUGUUUAGAGGGCUACAUGAGGCCACGCCUGGCAUAUCAGUGCCCAGGGAAGAUGGAGAGUGAAGGCCUGUCUCUGGGAGACUCAAUUCUGGCCCAGCAGGGAAGCUACAGGAACGUGGGGGGCAGGGCUGCUCUGCAGGUGGGGUGGGGCGGGAGGUGACAGGGAGAAUGUAUCUGCCACACCUCAGGUCUCCUUCACCGCAGUGAUGGAUCCAACUGUGGCUGUGGCUGUGGCUGUGGCUGUUGGGCCUCCACUGACCUUGACUGAAAAGACCCUUCCUGGACCCUGAAGCUGGUAACAAAUGGCACAGACACCACUCACUCAUAGAACAGUCACUGGUUUUGGAUUCUUGUUUUCCUUGCAACAACAAAAGGUUCUCUAGAAUCCUUCAGCCACCAAUGAAAUGAUCAGGCAGGAGAAAAACUUUAGAUGGGAGUGUUGUCAUCAAAAAUAAAUACAGUUGCAUGGAUCUGCUUAAGAUCUGAACCAAACU